CCGAUCACUCGCCGUUCACGCGCGUGCACGCUGUCUGUUUCCGGUUAAACAUGGCGGCCACCAUGAAGAAAGGAGUGGCAGCUGAAGAUGUCAAUGUAACAUUUGAGGACCAGCAGAAGAUCAACAAGUUUGCCAGAAAUACAAAUCGGAUGUCUGAACUGAAAGAUGAAAUUGAGGCCACAAAGAAAUCCUUACAGAAUCUAGAGGACGCCAGCGAUGACCUCAUGAUGUGCGAGGAUGAUGCUAUGCUAAUCCCGUAUCAGAUCGGAGAUGUCUUCAUCAGUCACUCUCAAGAAGAAACGCAGGAAAUGCUGGAGGCAGCAAAGGAAGCUCUACAGGAGGAGAUCAAGGCUCUGGAGAACCGGGUCUCAUCCAUACAGGGAGUUCUUGGAGAUCUGAAGGUUCAAUUAUACGCCAAGUUUGGAAACAACAUCAAUCUAGAGGCAGAUGAGAGCUGAAACCUCAAGCAGGCAGACUUUACCUUACGGACUGUCAACAGCAUAUGACAUUUCUACUCUAACAACCAGUUUUUGACCUGUUUAAUCCGCUGGUGAUGUUUUUGCAUUUCACAUGUCAUUAUGUUUAGUGAAUUAUCUAAGCUGUUGUAUGCAAGUGGUAUUGCCGGGUGGACGAAGCACGAGGAAAGUGAGGCACUGAUGUAAAAAUAAAAAGCAAAACCAUUA